AUGGAUAGACUUCUUAAACUGACGGGAUUUGGUUGGGACGACGAUGACAAAAUGAUAAAAGCUUCAGAAGAAACUUGGGAGGAACUAAUUGAGCAAAGGGAAAGAUGGUUCAAGCAAACAGAUCCAAGGAAUGAAAUCCCAGCAAAAAUAUUGGGUGAUGCAAGGUUCUACCCAUAUUUCAAGAACUGCCUAGGAGCAAUUGAUGGGACACACAUUGAGGCAAAAAUCAGGCUAGAUAAGCAAACUCCUUAUAGAAAUAGGCAUGGUUACCCCUCUCAAAAUGUAAUGGCAGCAGUGUCAUUUGACAUGACAUUCUCAUAUGUCGCUGCUGGAUGGGAAGGUUCUGCGUCAGAUCAAGCAGUUCUAAGAUGGGUUGUUACUAGUGGGGGUUUUGUUGUUCCUGAAGAUCAAACCUUACGUGCAGGUAAAUUUUAUCUUGUUGAUUCUGGAUAUGCAAAUACUCCAAAAUUUAUUGCCCCGUACCGUGGAGAUCGUUAUCAUAUUGCUUCUUUUCGUGGAAGUAAUCGACGAUAUACUAGUGAGAAAGAUAUGUUCAAUCAUCUGCACGCACAACUACGAAAUGUUGUUGAGCGAACUUUUGGUGUUCUAAAAGCUCGCUUUCCAAUUUUAAGUAGGAAAGGAGGAAUUCCUUAUCCAUAUAAAACACAAGUCAAAAUUGUUAUGGCUUGUUGUAUUAUCCACAACUUCAUCCGGAAGGUUAAUCAUCAUGAUGAGUUGUUCGAGCUUUAUGAGCAUGGGGAAGCACAACAACAUGUUGACCAUGGUGAUCAGCAAGUUAGAGGGCAAGCAAGAGAAGAUGAACGAGCUGCUGGUGAGAGAGUUCGUGCAGGCAUUGCUCGACAGUUGUGGAGUAACCAUCAACAGCGUUCCGCUCAACAACCAGAAGAUGAUUGA